AUGAGUUUAGAUGUUGGUGCUGCAAUAUAUAUUGCAAUAAAACCAAUCUUAAAGAUUUAUGCUAUUAUGUUCAUUGGGUUUCUAUUAGCCAGAUAUAAUAUUGUUUCAAUGGAGGUUGCUAGAGGUAUAUCGAAUAUGGUAGUGAACGCAAUAUUACCGUGUUUGACUUUUAAUAAGAUUGUAAGUAAUAUUUCAUGGAAGGAUAUAAAAGUUAUUGGUGUAAUUUUACUUUCUGCAAUUUUAUUAUUUGCUGUAGGUGGUGCCUGCUCAUUAAUAACAAAAUUUAUUACACCAGCACCAAAAUUAUGGUUUUGGGGUUUAUUAUUCGGUGGAAUCUUCCCAAAUAUUUCGGAUUUACCAAUUGCUUAUAUGCAAAGUAUGGGUAAUGGUAUGAUCUUUAAUGAAGAUCAAACUAAUAAAGGUGUUGCAUACUCUUGUAUAUUUUUAUUUGCUCAGAGUUUCCUGAUGAUGAAUUUUGGUAUGUGGAGACUAGUUGGAUUAGAUUUUAAGGAUAUACAAAAAGAUACCGACUCCGACACAGACACAGACACCGAUGCCUGUAUUAUUCGAGAUAUUAAUAGCGAUGAUCAAUUAGAUAGUGAGUCUGAGGGGAAAAAUUCCUCACGAACUUCUCAAGACGGUUCUUCUUUUACUGACUUCCAGAAAAAUUUAAAAUUACCAACUGUUCAUGUUAGUACAAGGUACACACACGAACAGUAUGAUGUACCCCAUCAUAGUGACAUGGAUACAAACUCUGAUGCGUUUGAAUUAUACAGUAUUGACAGUUAUCUUGAUUCCGAAUACGAUGGCGUUGACAACAACGAUAAUAAUAAUAAUAAUAACAAUAAUUAUAUCAAUGAAAAUGCAUCUCCACAACUAGAUCAAGGAGGUUCUAGAAAACAUAUUACUGCAAAAAAAGAUGGCGCACCCCUGUCGUAUUAUGGAAUGAAUAAAAUUGCUCCAGUUAUAUCAUCUCCAGCUGCUCUGAGAACUCAUAAAAUUUCAUUAUCUAAUAACAAGGAACCACAGUUUAAUCUUGCAAGAAAAUUAUCAAUUACAAGAGCAUUAGGGAAAUCUUUGACAAGGACCCAAACUGGGAAAUCCGUGGCAAAUAGUAUGAUAGCAGAAUAUAGUGCAGUACGAAGAAUAAAAUCUGGUCAACUUGAUUUGCAUCGCCCACUAACAUUAACCCAAUAUAUCGGAGAAGAAAACACUUGUUUAGGUUCAAUAUGUGACGAACAAUCGUCUGUAUCACAUGAUAUUGAGAAUAUACCGCAUAGUACGGUGUCACAAAAUACUACUAAUAUUAAUAAUUUAAGCGAGGUUCAUGAAAACAAGAAGAAGACCACACCAAUGAUGAAAAAAAUAAGGAUAAAGCUUUCAAAAUUCAUCAGACGGUAUCAUUUAAGUUGGGUAUCUUAUUUUUUGAUCAAUUGUUUAAGACCUGCAUCCCUGGGUGCAUUACUUGGUAUUAUAUGUGCAUUAAUACCAUGGGUAAAAGCCUGUUUUGUUGAUACAUAUGUCCAUGUUCAUAAAGCGCCUGAUACCCUUCCUGUAUUAAAUUUCGUUAUGGAUUUUACUGAAUAUAUUGGUAAUGCAUGUGUUCCACUCGGUUUACUUUUACUUGGUGGCAUGUUAGCCCGAUUAGAAGUGGAGUCAAUACCUAAAGGUUUUAUCAAGACAGUAAUUAUGCUUACUGCCUGCCGAUUAAUAGUCAUUCCCAUUAUAGGAAUAUUAUGGGCGAAUAAACUUUAUAAUAUGAAUUGGCUUGAUAAUGAUGUCAGUAAAUUUAUUAUGGUGUUAACAUGGUCGAUGCCAAGUGCCACAGCUCAGGUUUAUUUCACAGCAUUUUAUUCCCCUGUGGAAGGCAAACAUGAACAGAUGGACUGUUUGUCUAUAUUCAUCUUAAUUCAAUAUGCGAUGCUCUUUAUCACCUUGUCCUUUGUUGUUACAUAUACUUUAAAAGUUGAUCUUAAGAUAUGA